AUGUACGGUGCAGCCCGACAGGGGCGUCUGGUUCUACGAGCCUUGCGAUCCGUUCCUUCGACAUCCUUUUCAUCUCCUGUAUCUCGCACGUUACCUCCGACUAGUCGAUUCGCUCCCUCAAAGUCAAUCAGAGUCAAUCUUUUCUCCUCCACCUCGAGAUAUGGCCAACAACAACAUGCCGUCGCCGAAGACAUGGGAGCGGAGGACCUCUCACAUGUAAAUCGCGAGUUCAGCACGUUCACCGAGCUAGGCGAAGCCGGAGUCCUCGAUAGAAGAAUCGUCAACACAUUGGCCAACAGAAUGAAUAUCCAAACAAUGACUGAAGUCCAGCGCAUGACCAUCAACGAAUGCUUAGACGGUUCAGACGUGGUCGCUCAAGCCAGGACCGGCACGGGCAAAACUUUGGCCUUUUUGACCCCGAUUGUCCAACGCUUACUGGGAGAUCCUGCGCUCAAUACUCGCAGAGCUUCCAUUAACGACAUCAGAGCCCUCAUCCUUUCACCUACGCGAGAACUGGCCGAACAGAUUGGCGAGGAGGCAAGAAAGAUCGUUUCCGGGACUGGAGUUCAGGUGCAGACAGCUGUCGGUGGCACACAGAAGAGGUAUCACUUGAAGCUGAUGCAGCGAAUGGGCUGCCAUAUCCUCGUUGGUACACCGGGUAGAGUCAAGGAUCUGCUGUCCGACCCCGACAGUGGCGUUCGGUUGGACAACAUCCAGACCUUUGUCCUCGAUGAGGCCGACCGACUCCUCGACAUUGGUUUUGCCCCGGACAUUGCGGAAAUUCAAAGCUACAUGCCUCCCAGAGACCAGAAAGACCGACAGACUCUCAUGUUUUCGGCGACCAUGCCGCGCUCGGUGGUUGGGUUGGUGAAGCAGACCAUGAAGCGGGAUUUCAAAUUUGUCCGCACCAUUGACCCCAAUGAGGCCGCCACCCACGAGUCGGUACCGCAAAAUGUCGUUUACCUGCCCGGCUUGGAAAACGUACUUCCGACCCUUGCCGAGAUCUCCUACAAGGCCGUUCAAGCCCACAAGGCCGACCCUACCAACAACCCUCCCUUCAAAGCGAUCAUGUUCUUGUCCACCAUCAACGAAGUCAGAAUGGCAUAUGAAGUGUUGAGAAAUAUGCGUCUGCCAGGGGCUAAGGCUGGAUUAUUCGCCCCUCACCCACUUGCUCCAUGCAAAAUCUUCGAGAUGUCGUCCAGACUGACCCAGGCCGAGAGGACCCGCAACUCGCAGGCGUUCCGCCAUGCCGAGAGCGCCAUCUUGGUGUCUUCAGACGUUGCGGCAAGGGGAAUGGAUUUUCCCAAUGUGACCCACGUUAUCCAAGUAGGACCGCCGAAGAGAUUGGAAGAUUACGUCCACCGAAUUGGCCGGACUGGACGUGCUGGCAAAUCGGGCCAGGGCUGGCUCAUCCUGCAGGACGACGAGCGCAACGAGUUCCGACAACUGGUCCGUGACCUCCACGCCCACAACAUCUCCGAGGACGAAUCACUGGAAACGGCCAAGUUGGACAUGACACAGCCGACCCAGCUGUCCGCGGAAACCGGCAAGAUCAUGCAAAUGGUCGAGGCAGGAAUCAGAGGUGUCCCCAUUGGUGAUAAGAUCAAAGCCUACGAGGGCGUCUUGGCCAGCUUAAACCAGUCGUCUGUCCGAAGGCCCAAGCAGACCAUGGUCGAGAUGGCCAACAAUCUUGCCAGAUACGGUUACGGUCUGGAACGCACACCUCGUAUCUCCCAUUCCUUCGCCCAAAAGCUCGGCUUUUCUGGCGUGAGGGGCCUCGAGUUCAAUGAGCCCGGCUACGGUGGUCGUUCCGAAGGCCGACGAGACGGUUUCGGUGACCGAGGUGAUCGUGACCGCCAAGGUGGUGGCCGUGGUGGCCGUGACUUUGGUGGCAGAGGAGGCAGAGACCGGGGUGGCCGGGGAUCCUUCGACCGAAGACAAGAUUUCGGCAACGACAACAGCUCGAGAUCGGGUGCUCGUGGUGGCUACGACGGCCUUGGGGAUCAAGGCAACCAAUGGUAG